AAAGUGUACUUCAGUAGGCCUUGCAUGCCGGACGAUUUGCUCUGUGGACUGUCAACUGGAACCUAAUAACAGACAGACACACAGUUUUUAAGCACGUAGCAUACACUAGCCGACUCUGCCAUUCGGAUCCAAAUUUCAGUUCUCAUUUAAAAACGCAAACCGUUCAAUUUGUGCAUGUUCCGAGCAAUUCUAAAUCCGACAAUGAAGAGGUUGACCCGACGGCCCGUUUCCGAUGAAGAGAAGGCUCACCUGCUGACCCACGAUGAAGACCCUGACAUACAGGUCUUCCUGUCGGUUACCACCGUCACGCCGCUGUAUCAAAGGGAUGCGGCGCGACCACAGGAAGAGCCAAAGCCACAACCACAGUCACAACCACAAUCACAGCCAGAGGAAUCUCAGCUGCAGGAUCAGCAGGACAAGGACAUUGAGCAAGACAAGAAGGUGGAGCCGGAACUGGAACUGGUGCUGGAGCUGGAGGUGGAGCCAGAGCCAGAGGCACUCGAGAGCGGCGCCCAGGGCGACAACGAGCAGUCGGACAAUGAGGCGGGGCCGGCCCCCCCGACACCCGGCCACACCAGCGAGGUGCAAUCCUGCCCAGCGGGCGAUGAUCCUGCCCAGCUGAAGGCGCUGGCCGGGCGCCAGCAGAUCGCCAAGCUGCUCAAACGCCUGGGCGACGGCGCAGAGGGUGAUGGCGAGGCCAACCAGAUCGUGAUGGAGCUGCUCGGCAGCCGGGACGACAAUCCCACCUCGGCCAUUGAGCGCAUCACCGAGCAGCUGCUGGGCGUGCUGCGUGAGCAGACGCUGAUCGAGGCGGGGAUCACCAUCGGCAACGAGCGCUAUCGCUGCUUCAAGUGCGUGCUGCAGAACUAUGCCAAAAUCUAUGCGGCACGUCGCUUUAUGGAGCAACUGCCGCAGCUGGGCCAAAACGCGGAGCUGCAGGAGGAGCACGAGGAUCUGGUGCUGUUCGCACGCGUCGUGGCCGAAGAUGUGCUGCAGAUACCGGAGCUGUUGCGCCAGCUCUGGUCGUCGCUGGAGAAGAUGGAGUUCUUCAACGAGGACACCGCCUUCACGGCCUACCUGGAGGCCCGCCGCCAUCCGCAGGCCCGCAUCCUGUGCGAACUCAUGCUCACCCGCAUCUCUCGCGUCUUCCUUUGCAUCGUGAGCUCCACAUUCUUCCUGGAAUUCACUGAGCACGAGCUCACGCACAUCCUGCGCAACUGCUACCUCAGCGUCAACUCGGAGAUCGAGAUAUUCCUCUCUGUGUUGCUCUGGCUGGAGCACAACUGGUUUGAGCGUGGCGAAUGCGCCGAGCGAGUCCUGGCCGAAGUGCGCUUCGCCCUGAUGCCUACCUGGUACCUGUCGACUUUGGACAGAGCCAACCGCUGCCGCCACUUUUCGCGGGUGAUCCAGAUCUCCGGAGUGCAGCGCAUGAUUUCCCAGGGCCUGGACGAUGCCGUGAUUCUCAAGAGUAAGCCCGGCUCCAGUGGUGCCGCUGGAGGACCCUGCCACCUGGAGACCCGGGAGGAGGCGCAACUGGAGCGCGACUGGAUCGCAGACACCGAGUGCAGACACCACCACAAGCGCCACUGCGAGCGGUUCGUUUACCCAACCUACGACACGUUCAAGGAGUACCUGGCCAGGAUCAUCUGUUGCACGCCCAACUAUUGGCGCACUUUCCGGCCCGCUCAGGAGGUGUACCGCAGCGACUUUCGCUGCUGCUCGUCGCCCCAUUUUAACUAGACCCCUUCCCUGCAUUUUUGGCCUUCUUGUUCCGCCCGCAACCGACUUUGCGGCUUAAAUUUUACGUUGGAGGAUGUCUCUUCGGAGCAAAAGAGAGUCUGUCCGUCCUCUGUGUCUACUGUACUUUUAGCAAUCCCAAUUCCAUAUCACCGGCGAGUCCCAAGGCACCUUAAAGAAGCGGUCCUGGCGACUCGUGUCAGCAGUCGUUGUAAAUAUUUCAUUACUUAAAAUAUAAAAUACUGCCAAGCGGAAA